CGUGUUCACCCGCCUCCAGCAGUCAGUCCGAGAAACCCGAGAGCACACCAAAGUAACAAAACACAAACAUGGCGCCUAUUUGCUGCCGUACAGUCUAGCGCUGGACAGACAAAGUUUCCAGGAUUAAACACGGCGCGCUCGCACUAAGUGGACGUUUAAUUUCCGCUCGAAACGGAGUGAACGGGCUGCAAGUUACAACUUGCCUACAUGUCAGCGUGUUGUACUCUAGUGAUCUGAACAGCUGGUCUGUCCAGCCAUGAUUGAGGAUAAGGGUCACCGCGUGACGGACUACUUCGUUGUGGCUGGCCUGACAGACAAGUCUACACCACUAGAGCAGGAUAUAUCUGAAGCCAAGUCCAGUGGGCCCAAGGCACCAAUCACAGACCUUGCUGUCAUCAACAAGUCUUCUGGAGAAACUGUGCCUGAAGGUUUCACAUGCAUCGAGAGCACCUACAGCGGCCAGCCGGCCAAUCUCAACCAUGGCAGCCUCAAGAGCCCAGAACUCUUCCUAUGUUACAAGAGGGGUCGAGGGAAGCCCCCGCUCAUUGACAUUGGGGUCCUGUAUGAAGGUAAGGAGCGCCUCAUUCAGGGUUGUGAGGUCAUAGAGGCCACACCGUUUGGCCGCUGUGCAAAUGUCAAUAACAGCUCUGCCACAUCCCAGCGCAUAUUCAUCACUUACCGCCGAGCGCCUCCUGUCCAACCCCAGAACUCACUGGCUGUGACCGACAUCUGCGUCAUUAUCACAAACAAGGGCGAGACUCCUCCUCAUACCUUCUGCAAGGUAGACAAGAACCUUAACUGUGGCAUGUGGGGAUCAAGUGUGUUUUUAUGCUACAAGAAGUCUGUGUCUUCUUCUAAUUCCAUCGCUUAUAAGGCUGGUCUGAUCUUUCGAUAUCCUGAGGAGGACUACGAGUCAUUUCCUCUCUCUGAGUCUGUACCCCUCUUUUGCCUGCCUAUGGGGGCCAAGAUUGAAUGCUGGGCUCCAAACACACGCUACCCUUUACCCGUUUUCUCCACAUUUGUCCUCACCAACUCCAAUGGAGAGAAGGUAUAUGGAGCUGGAAUACAGUUUUACGAGCCUUAUCCUGUGGAUGGCCUCAGCGAGAAACAGAAGAUCCAGCUGGGUCUUGUCUCUGCAGUAGACAAGAAAGUCCUUCCCAACCGCACAGUCAACACCAACAAGUGCAUCUGCCUGCUGUCCCGCUGGCCUUUCUUUGAGGCCUUUAGAAAGUUCCUCAUGUUUCUUUAUAAGCUGUCGGCCAAUGGAGUCAGCCCUCUACCUAUUGAGAAACAUAUAUCCCAUUUCAUGCACAAUGUAUCCUUCCCGUCUCCUCAGAGGCCAAGAAUACUGGUUCAGCUGUCUGCACAUGACACCUUAAUCCUGUCCCAACCUGUUUGUACACCUUUACCACUGAGUGGAGCAGACUACAGUACACUGCUUAUGAAUCUAGGCCCAGAAAACUGUGCCACACUGCUUCACUUUGUCCUGCUGGAAAGUAAGAUCCUGUUGCACUCCCUUCGACCAGCUGUUCUGACUGGAGUGGCUGAGGCUGUUGUGGCAAUGAUCUUCCCCUUCCAGUGGCAAUGUCCAUAUAUUCCUCUUUGCCCUCUGUCUUUGGCGGGGGUUCUCAAUGCACCAUGUCCUUUCAUUGUGGGCGUUGACUCAAGAUACUUUGACCUCUACGAUCCCCCUCCUGACGUAGUGUGUGUGGACUUGGACACCAACACUAUAUAUUUGUCUGAUGAGAAACGACACAGUAACUGGAAGAAUCUCCCAAAGAAGCCCUCCAAGAGUCUUAUCAGUUUCUUAGGAAGCUUGCACCACCAGCUUGCCACUGUUCGGCGUACAGCCACAGAAGGCUUGGCAGUGGAGAUGACCCCUAUCGAAGCUGACUUCACCUGGCAUAAGAAAAAGACUGAGCUGGAGAUGGAGAUUCAAGAAGUGUUCCUGCGCUUUAUGGCCUCCAUACUGAAGGGCUACCGAACCUACCUCAAACCCAUCACACAAGCACCUUCUGAAAAAGCUACUGCUGCAGAUUCGCUCUACGACCUGCAAGGAUUCUUGAAGAGCAGAGAUCGUGCUCACCAGAAGUUCUACUCUCAGCUCACCAAGACUCAGAUCUUCAUCCGCUUUGUUGAGGAAUGUACUUUUGUCAGUGACAAAGACACCGGCCUGGCUUUCUUUGAUGACUGCAUUCGAAAACUUUUUCCUUCUGACAAAGGGACAGACAAGGGUACAAAGGUUGAAGGCGAGUCUUCUGAGGACACCAGGCUGAUGGAACUGGACGAGUCCCAGAAGAGUGAGCACACAGUUUUUGUCAUGCCUCCUGAACCCCCUUUGGAAGAUGGUCCUGACCCCCCUCCCAAGUACAGUUAUAAGAAUUUCCCUAGUUUACGGUUGGAGUUGUUUGAUCGUCCACUAGAACUGAGGCCAGCAUUAAGCACAAGAGCUGCAGGGUCGAGUGUGUCCAGCAGUCCUGCCCUUCUGGCCAAAAGAACUAAACAGGAAAUCAAAAUGGCCUACAAAUUGGCGAAGCGUUUCUACUCCAAUCCACCCCAGUGGGCAAAGUGUCUGUGUAGUCACUGCUAUAGUCUGUGGUUCAUCUGUCUUCCUGCUCGCAUGCGUACUGCACAGUCCAAGCCCCGCGCCAUGCAGCAGGCCUUUAAUGUUCUGCUCAAGAUGAGGAGCUCUGAGGUGGAAGUGCUUGACGAGGUGUGUUACCGUGUGGUGAUGCAGUUAUGUGGUCUGUGGGAGAUGCCCGUCAUGGCUGUGCGUGUCUUAAUGGAGAUGAAAAAGGCUGGAGUUGAACCCAAUGCUAUUACUUAUGGAUACUACAACAAGGCUGUUCUGGAAAGUCCUUGGCCAAGCCGCAACCGUAGCGGUCUCUUCAUGUGGACCAAAAUGAGGAACCUUGUGCGAGGAGUGGUGCAGUUUAAACGGGCAUUACGUGGGACCACUCUUCAAAUAGGAUCUUCUCUGAAAAGCACAGAUCUUUCAGCAAGUACAGCAGUAGGUGCUGAUGGAGACAGACUGAGUCAUGGAAGCGUAGACGGAAUUGUCGAGGAACACAUUCUCUUCUCCCACAGCAUUUUAGUUGAGGAUGUUAUUGACAGUCACUACAGUACAGCUGCUCAGUCUGAUCAGGGUUAUGGAUCUAAAGAUGAAUUACCACAGGAACAUACAGAAGAACCGGUAACCUCACCACCUCUGUCUACCAACCACACCUGUAGUAGCAAAGAAACCAACACCAAAAAUGGACAAGAUAUUGCCAGUUCUGUGGACAGUGUUGUAGCUGUAACAGAGCCCCCUAGCCCUGCUGAGAUAGCACCAUGUGUAGCCAGCAUUGUAAAACCCUCUACUGAUAUCCCUGUCCACUUUGACAGCACUGCAGGCAGGGGAGAAACUGCAGGUGUUUGCACUGGUAAGCUCUUCAUGUCCCGUAAAAAGAGUGAAGAUGUGGCCUUGUCUGUGGAGGAUGCUACUGUAAUCCCAGAUUCACAGCUUCCGCAGUCUGGACAGCAGCAAAGGGUAAAGGCCUUCAUGGAGCGCAGCUGCAGUUUUAGUGCAGAGAGCAAAGCUGGCAUGCUACAGAAAAAAAGCAGUCUGGAGCUCAGUGCUGAUCACAUGGGCGCAGAUGCAAAAAUUCUUGCAGCAGUGUUCUCCGGCAGCCAGACUCCUCCUCCUUUUGCAAGCAUUGCUCCGUUUAAAGAGUUCAAGGUGGAGGCUACACUAAGCCCUGCCCUCCAGGAGGAAGAACAAGAGGAAAAGCAGGAGACCAAACAUGAAUCCUUCACUUCUGCAGCAGAGGGAGUGGAGAAAAGUAUAAAGCGGGAUAAUGCAGCAGCAGAAUCCAAUAGCAGUGAACGAGUUGGGCGAACCACAGGGAGUGCCGUCUCCUCCUCUAAAGCUGUGGAGAGGGAGAAUGUCGAAAUGGGAGCAGAUCCACUCUCACUCUUUGCUUCAGAAACUGAAGACACAACCUCCAUUCAGAGCCAGGAGUCCACACGGACCUUUCCACCUCUGGUGUCAAGGAAUCUUGCAGAUGAGAUUGAGAUGUACAUGAGCCUCCAAAGCCCCCUGACUGCUAGAUCUCCUAGCAUGGAGUUGCAACAGGGUUCAAACCCUGAAUCCAUAAACUGUCCAGACUCUCCAGCAGUUAAGCAGUCUUUAGAAAGAAGGUCAAGCCUUCCGAUUGGCCCAGUCAAAGUGGCCAGUUCAACGGAGCAUCCAAAACCUAGUCCUGCUGUCACUCGCUCAAAGACAUUUGCUGUCAAAUCCCCCAAGACCCCUGGCUCUGCAGGCCAGAGGUCGUCAUCGCUGACUGCACUGGUAAAAUCGUCACAGAACAGCUCACUAGGCUCUGUCAUCAACUCCAUCUCAGGCAUCAAGAUGGACUCUCUUCUGGUGGGCCCCAAAGUAGAUAUGCUUAAAUCAGGCAUGAAGCAGGCAGCCAAUGUGGCCAGUAAGAUGUGGGAUGCAGUGGCUUCAGCCUACUCCUACUCAGAUGAUGAGGAGGAUAACUUAAAGCCCCAGUACAGUUUCCCAGCUAGGCUAGAAGAACAGUUGCUAUCUGGAGAGGGAGAUACGGAGAACACUUUACCCAGAGGACUGAUGCCUAGUCUGGGCUCAAACGGGCUCGCACACAGCAAUACCAGCCUGGGUAGCAGCAGUGGAAGCAGCGAUACCGGCCAGGCACACCUGUCAACUCCUUUGACUCCAGGUCGCUCAAUGAGAGGAGCAGACUCCGAGAGGUCUGAACAUAGUUCCUCUCAUCAUGCCAGCACCUCCAGCAUUUACCAAAACUGUGCUUUAGAGGUUCUCAUGUCCAGCUGCUCUCAGUGUCGCUCUUGUGAGGCACUAGUGUAUGAUGAGGAGAUCAUGGCGGGCUGGACAGCAGAUGACUCCAAUCUAAACUGCACCUGUCCCUUCUGUCAAGUCACUUUCCUUCCUUUGCUCCAUGUUGAGUUCCAGGACCUGCGUGCUACUCCAGGCUUCUACUUGAAGACGAGUACAUCAGGAGACAGUAUCCACAGCUCCACCACACAACCAACCACUUCUAGCUCAUCAGAAGUGAAAGUGAGCUCUCCUAGUGACCCUUCAGACCUCAUGACUUUCGCAGAAUCUUCUGAGGACAGCAAGAGUCCUGUUGAGAUGCCUGUUGCUCAAACUGGAACCCCAAAGAUCCUUGUACCUGAGCCUGUACAUUCAGACCCCCUUGGUCUCAUGGAGAGACAAGCUGAGAAACGGAACACAUUAACACGGAGCAACAGUAUGGGAGGACCACUGCAGAAUUUGGACUUGAUUCAAAGACCCAAUCAUGGCAUAUCCACUAUUAGCCUGCCCAACAGCUUACAAGAAGUGUCGGACACGUUGGGUCAAAAGCGACCCAACCCAAAACCAGUUUCUGUGCCGUAUCUCAGUCCACUGGUUCUGCGCAAAGAAUUGGAGUCGCUUUUAGAAAAUGAAGGGGAUCAGGUAAUCUAUACACAUAAGUUUCUUAGUCAGCACCCCAUCAUUUUCUGGAACCUGGUGUGGUAUUUUCGUCGUUUAGACCUGCCCAGCAUUCUGCCUGGACUCAUUCUCACUUCUGAACACUGCAACAAUGGAGUAAAGCUGCCGCAGACAUCUUUGUCUCAGGACAGUAAGCAGGUGUACGUGCAGCUGUUGUGGGAUAAUGUCAACUUACAUCAGGAGCCCACCGAGCCCCUCUAUCAGCUCUGGAGGACCUUCUUGCAAAGGAAGGGAACUCUAGCCCCAACUGACCACCAGGAGACUCGGUCUUUGCUAAACAGCAUUGUACGCAGCAUUCAGAUGAACGAUGUUUACGGCCCCAUCAAUAUGCUCAUCCGGGAGAUCAAGAAACAUCCAGAAGUUAAACGCCAGAGGAGUGUCUACAGGGAAAUUAUGUUUCUGUCACUUGUUGCCUUAGGAAGGGAGAACAUUGAUAUUGAGGCCUUUAAUCGUGAAUACCGUCUUGCUUACAGCCAGCUCAGCGCAGAACAGCUUAAAGUCCUGUCCCCUAUUGACAGACCACCUAGCAACGGUGUGCAGUGGUGCCUCAAUUCCUUUGGAGCCCCAGUCAUCUGAUGUGCUUCUCUGACCGGGAGUGACUGUGAAAGCCCCGAGGAUUGUAAAAGUCAUUUCUUUCAUUUGCACCGCCACCUGAAAUGCUCCUUUUUUUACCACCUGCCAGAAUAAAAGAAACAAAUUGGCUUCUUUGCUUUGAGAUUCCUGAAGAAUGUCAUGGCAUCAGCCUCUGUAGACACUGCAUUUUACUGUUGGCCUUCAGGAGCUGAACAGCACCUCCUGUGUUUGUCUGUGUAUGUAUGUGUGUGUAAGAGAGAGCCCUUUUCAAACUGCAUUGGAAGAAAACCCAAGACUGAAAAAUCCAACUUUAAGAUGUCUCCCCACCCUGCCCUUCAUUCUAGCUUCUGUCUUCAGCGACCUUCCUGUUGGAUUUUGUGGAUGUGGAGAAUGUUCUGGAGAAGAGUCUUAUUUGAUGUGCACUUUCAGAAAUGAUUUCUUUAUCGUUCUCUAUUGCUGUCAUGUGUUUUAUAUAUACUUAUUUUUCUAUAUUGGGAUAUUUGAACUUUGGCCUUUCUCACUGUGGAGUCUUAAACAUAGCUCUUUGAGGUUAAUAUAGGCUUUGAGUGUCACAGUGUGAGGUGAGAUGUUGGUGUGUGUGUGUGUGUGUCUGAGAGAGUGUGCGUAUGUGCGUGUAAAUUAGAUUGAUUACACCUUAAAGUGAUAUACUGUGAGGGAGGACAAUCAGAUGAAUUCCAGAACAUUCCAGAAAGUAACUUUAAUGAAUUAAACAAAGGCUAGAAUCGUUGAGGUAUGGUGUAGAAAGGAACUAGAUUUUUUCUCUGUUUGUAGGAUAAUGAUGAAUUGUGGAACUAUUGUAAAUUACAUCCGGAAUGGAAGAACAUAUUUUAUGAAGUGAAAUAACUCUUUAUUCAUGCGUUCUUACAUAGUUUUGUCUAGUUUGUUUUUUUUAAUACUCAAGCUUUGAGAAAAGGACAUGUAAUCUCAUCAUCUGUAUGCACAAAUGACUCUUUAAUACAGAAACAUUCAUAGAACCUCAGAAACUCAGAAUCUUAAAAUAGUGCUAGCUUUAGUUGAUUUGCUUGUUGAAGACUGUUGCCCAUUAAAUUGAACACCUUUCAUUCUGGUCUCGUAGUUCAAGUGAAUCCAAAGGAUGUAAAAAUAAUUAAAAUCAAUUAAAAGUUUGAGUUACUGCCAUUUGUGAAUGCAUCGGGAAAGAAAUCACAUAGUACAUGUGCCUUGUCAUCAAGUCUAGAUAGAACUUGUGGAUUUGUACAUUUAAAAAAAGAUUUUACUACUAAUAAAUUAACAUGUAAGAGUGAAAUUGA